AUACUUUAGUUAAUGUAAGGACAGCUAUGGAAGAGUAAUGUAAAUCUUAGGGUUGUAGGGAUUCAUAUGGAUGCUCCCAGCGUCUCUAUAUUUAUAGUUAAGUCUGAAACUCCAGAGUGACAGUUUACAACACUAAUCAAGUUUAAAACAUAUCCAGAUCCUCUGGAUACCGCUGCGGUUAUGUGAUAAAUGCCCUUUGGAGAAACUACAUACAAAGAGUGCGGCAAUGCCUCUGCUCCUGGCUCCACGGUGACAUCACUCACACAAAGACUUAUUCAUGAUCUUUCCCUUAUGUGUUGACUUUACCUUGUGGCCUCCAAUGGAUGAAGCCUUCAUUUUCUCCGCUAGCGCUGUGGGAGAGAGGGGGGACCUUUUCUUUCCUUUUCUCACUCUGUGUGUCUCUGCAGGGUCCAUUGGAGGUGGCCCAGGUCUUCUUGAAUGAAAUCCCAGCAGACCCCAAGCUCUUCCGUCAUCACAACAAACUGCGUUUGUGUUUCAAAGAGUUCAUACUGCGGUGUGGAGAGGCCAUUGAGAAGAACAAGCAACUCAUUACUCCUGAUCAGAAGGAGUACCAGCAGGAGAUGAAGAAAAACUACAACAAACUGCGAGAGAACCUGAGGCCCAUGCUGGAGAGAAAGAUCCCUGAGCUCUACAAGCCCAUCACCAAACCUCGCAUCGAGAAUAGAGAUUCCUUCAAACGGCACAGCCUCCGUCGGACACAAGAUGAAAAUUCAUGAUGUCAAGAAAACGUCUCCAGAGGAUAUCAAGGGAAGGAUGUUGCAGUGUGCCAGGAAACCAGAGCUCCGUCAGCUGAUAAUUAGAUGACUCGAGCAGAGUUUCAUGCACAGCAUUCAAACCCCCUGAAAAUAUAGAUUGUUGUAUUCUAUAUUACUGUAUAUAAAGAAUAGAUUUUAAGGGACGUACAACUUUAUUUGCUUAUGAUUGUUUUUAGAACAAAAACCUCAGCCAGUCACUUUUUUUUUUUUUUUUUUAUACUUGUUUUCUGGAUAUGGUUCGAAUCUUCCUUAGUAUGUUACAACAUAUUGUAUUCUUAACUAAUACAAUAUAACUUACAGACAUGUUACAUGUGAGGAAGAAAUCUACAACCUUAAAUGAACUGCUUCAAGACAGAAAACCUGAUCAUAUUUCAAAGACACUGAAAGUGUAAAAAAUGGACAAAAAGGACAGUUAAUGGUAUAAUGUAUGUUUACAUUGAGCUAAUAUAACAUAAAUCGUGAUUUUUCACUUUGUUUGUCCAUGUAUAUUGUAAUUGCAGAGAUUUACUGGAUACAGUUUUGUAUAUAUAGUUCUAUUUUAUUUAUAGAGAAUAUUUAGCUCUUAGAUACAUAUUCCAAUAUUAAAAUGUGACCAGACCAGAUCAGAAUAAAAGUAAAUCAGGUUUGCAGAGAUAAAAGAACAGCACCAGUUAAAAAUGCAGAGUAAGAGUGCAUCAAAUGUUUACUUUUGCCUCCUGUUUCUUAAAUAACUGGAAAUUGUGUCAAAUUAAUGAUUUAUUCUUGUUUUUUGUUUUUUUUUCCAAUUUACAAGUGUACUGCACAUAAGCGUAUAUUAUAUGUUGUUUCUGUUUCCAGUGCUUCAUUACAUCUGUUACAUAUUACUGCUCUGAAAACUAUAAGAACAGUAUGUUGGUUUUAUUAAAUGUAUAGGUCAUUGCAAUUUCAACUUAGACUAUUUCUUUUUGAAAAGCACAAAAUAAAUACAAAUAAAUAAAUAUUUUUGUCAAUGAAACUUGAAUGCACUUCCUAAUAAAAGCUACAAUCUUA